UGUGGUCUUCUAAAUUUCAUUUAUUUGUAGUAUUUGAUAGAUUAAAAUGAGAACAAAACGUAUUUUUUGGCAUAGCCUAUGUCAGAAAAUGGUGUUUAAAAUGAUUAAAUAUUGAAAACACAGUAAUCAAAGUUCAAAAUUCUAAUUAAACCCCAAAAUAAAUAAUCAAUGUAAAAGAUUUUUUUUAAAAAAACAUUAAAAAAAGUGAAAACAAGGGAAACAAAAACAGGAAGUAAAAUUGCAUCGGUCUUGCUUUUGAGAAUAUAUUUAGCAAAACUCCUCCACGAUUAGUACUUAAAUGCUUAAUCAGACUGUUUUAAUCUGAAUAAUCUGGAGAUUCUCCUGUUGCUAGCUGCUGCUGGAGAAUGUUUUCUUCUGAACUCAGAGGCGGCGAGGAAGAAACACCUACAGCGGCCACGAACCGAGCCUGCCGUCUCCCCAUCUUCUUACUGACAUCCACCGAACACCUGCCGUCUGAAGAGUUGGUUUGGUGCCUCAGAAAUAGUCGCAGACGGCUCGAGUUAUUAAUUUGCGUCGAAAAGCGUGGGAAAAGCCCAUCGCUGCCAUCUUGGAGCGGAAGAGAGCGGUUAGCAUCCAGGCGGAGGGCCGUUGGUGGAACAGGAAGCUAAUCUGAAACAAACAUGGACCUCGAUCUCCUGUGUGCCAAGAAACACUGUGGGCCAAAUAGAAGAGCUGCUCUGCAUGCUCUGAGAAGGAAGAGGUGGUAUGAGAAACAUCAGCGGUAUGUUGACCAUGCUGUUAAGGCCACAAGAUCUGCUUCCAAAAACAAGGAAAUGACUGAAGUGAACAACAUGAUAAAGGGCAUCAAACUGGAAGAUGAUAUGACCGAGGCGUCAGGCAAUCUCUACAAGUCUGUAAACCAGGAGUUGGAGCAGGUCGAAUUUGUUGAGGAUGAGCUGCUGGCAGAGCUGGAGAGACUUAAAAAAGCUCUGGAUGAGAGCCUCUUGGAGGCCAGCAGAAAAGAGGAUAAAGUCCAUCCCUCUCCAGUGACGUCCUCAGCUUCACCUUCUCGUCCUGGUGCUAUGGAAGAAGAUGAGGUAGAAAACGAGGUUGAGGAUGGGGUUCAAGACGGGGCUGAAGACAAGGAUGAGGACGAGGAUGAUGAUGAAGAGGACUUGGAGUACCUUCGCCGUUGGGCGAGUGAAUCCUUGUAAUCCCAACAUCAGGCUCAACUGGCCGGCUGUUACAAUCAAGAGGAAAGCACAGGACAGAAUAAACAAACCUCUGUUCA